AUGCUUCAUGAAGGAUUUCAAGUAUUUAUGAAAUGGGAAUUCUUCAAAAUGGCCAUGUUUGCCUACGGUGAAAAUAUAGCUUUAGGUUUUUCGAUAGCGAAGGCGAUUGAUUUUUCUUUUUUACAACAUGUUCAAGAUUAUAGAGAAACCAUGACCCCGCUUUUAAAAACGGCAUCAGAAACCAUUAAAGAAUCAAUUUGUAACAAUGGUUUGGUUGGAACAACAGCCGGAUUAAACAAAUUGUGCAAUAUACAGUCAAGAAGGAAUAUGAUCGCGAGGCUGAAUAGAAAUAAGGCUGCAUAUACUACCAAGUCUAAAGUGAGAUCACUACGUCGUCCAAUAUGA